AGAAAGGGGCGUUCAAUUAUCAGGUGGACAGAAACAGAGAAUUGCAAUAGCAAGAGCCAUCUUAAAGAAUCCUCCAAUUCUUUUGCUCGACGAGGCCACCAGUGCACUUGAUACAGAAUCAGAAAAACUAGUUCAAGCUGCCCUUGAGACAGCUAUGCAAGGGAGGACAGUCAUCUUGAUUGCCCACAGAUUAUCAACCAUUAUCAAUGCAGAUAUAAUUGCAGUUGUAGAGAACGGAAAAGUUGCAGAGACAGGAAGGCAUCAAGACCUACUAAACACCAAUGAAUUUUAUCACAGUUUGUUUACCAUGCAAAACAUCGAUACAAGAGUAGAGGAUUCAACUGAAGGAACAGCGAGUACUCGGAAACAAAUUUCAUCUCAACAUUUUGACCAGCCUGAUACACUAACAGAAAGCUACACAAGUUUCACACUAUCUCCCAAGAAAGAGGAAUCACAGGAAGAAACGGACAAGUUCAUAUUCUUUAGAAUCUGGUCUGGCUUAAAGAAAAAGGAGAUCGUAAAGAUUUCCAUUGGCUCCUUUGCAGCUGCUUUUGCUGGCAUCUCUAAGCCUGUUUUUGGCUACUUCAUCAUCACAAUAGGAGUAGCAUAUUUCAAAGAUCAUCCAAAGCAUCGAGUUGGAAAGUAUUCCAUAAUGUUUUCUACAAUAGGAUUUCUCUCAUUGUUUGCCCACACUCUGCAGCAUUACUUCUUCGGUGUGACUGGGGAGAAGGCCAUGAAAAACCUGAGACAAAAUUUAUAUACAGGUAUCCUAUCCGUACAAGUUACUAUCUAUCUACUUUAUCAAUCUAAGAAGUUCUGAAGCAAUGCAUUCACAUGACUUCUAAUGGAAUUUUUGCAGCUAUAUUACGCAAUGAAUUUGCAUGGUUUGAGAAGCCAGAGAACAGCGUAGGAUCAAUUACAUCAAGAGUUAUCAAUGAAACAUCAACAGUCAAGACCAUCAUUGCGGACCGUAUGUCUGUUAUUGUCCAAUGCAUCUCCUCCAUAGUGAUUGCUACAGCAGUCAGUAUGAAAGUUAACUGGAGAAUGGGUCUGGUAGCUUGGGCAGUGAUGCCAUGUCACUUCAUUGGAGGGAUAAUUCAAGCCAAAUCAGCCAAAGGAUUUUCAAGUGGUAGUACUGCAGCUCACUCGGAACUUGUUGCCCUUGCUUCUGAAUCAGCAACCAAUAUAAAAACUGUGGCUUCUUUUUGCCAGGAAGAGCAUGUCAUUCAAAAGGCCAAAGCUACUCUCAAGAAACCAGUGAGGAAAAGCAGGGUAGAAAGCAUUAAGUAUGGAAUCAUUCAAGGUGUAUCCCUUUGCUUAUGGAAUAUUGCUCAUGCUGUUGCAUUGUGGUAUACAACAGUUCUGGUUCGCAAACAUCAAGCGAGCUUCGAGAAUAGCAUAAGAUCAUAUCAGAUAUUCUCUCUCACAGUACCAUCAAUCACAGAACUAUGGACGUUGAUACCCACUGUUUUCUCUGCCAUCAGUGUUUUAACACCUGUGUUCCAAACCAUUGACCGACAGACUGAAAUUGAACCGGACUCGCCAAAGGAUUCACCGUGCGAAAGCCUUAAAGGGGAAAUUGAAUUUCGAAAUGUCAAGUUCUGCUACCCCUCGAGACCAGAAAUAACCAUACUUGACAGCUUCAGUUUAAAAAUUGAAGCUGGAUCGAAGGUUGCUCUUGUUGGGCCAAGUGGAGCUGGAAAGUCCUCUGUUUUAGCACUCAUUCUCAGAUUCUACGAUGCCAACGAAGGACGAGUCCUGAUUGAUGGGAAGAACAUAAAGCAAUACAACCUCAGAAAUAUAAGGGCACGGAUAGGGUUGGUGCAGCAGGAACCACUUCUCUUUAGUUGCUCAAUAAGAGACAAUAUUUGCUAUGGGUGUGAAGGAGCUUCUGAAGCUGAAAUCAUACAGGUGUCAAGGGAUGCAAACAUACAUGAAGUAGUAAGCAAUUUACCCAGUGGAUAUGGCACUACUGUAGGGGAAAAGGGAUGUCAACUUUCCGGUGGACAAAAGCAACGAAUAGCCAUUGCAAGGGCCCUACUGAAAAGGCCUUCAAUAAUGCUCCUCGAUGAAGCAACGAGCGCUCUUGAUGCAGAGUCUGAAAGAUCCGUGAUUGAUGCUCUGGAAUCACUAAAAGUGAGCACAACAUAUGUCACAGUUGCACACAGACUUUCCACAGUAAUCAACUCAGAUGCCAUAGUUGUUAUGGAUAAGGGUAAGGUUGUGGAAAUGGGCAGCCAUUCAACCCUAAUAGCGGCAACCGAGGGAGUUUAUUCGAAACUCACCAGGCUUCAGAGUGUCGAGAGAAAUUGACAUAUCUACAUCUACGAAAAUUAAAUGAUAGUCACUGAAAGUCUUAUAGUAUUUCUUAAGCUUGAAGCCAUCCUGUCAGAUUGGUUUAAUAAUUUACUGUAUUGGCUUCACGGUUACUAUAUCCAAAAACUGGAUUAUAUUCAACACCAGCACUUUGGUUCGUACUUCCGAAAAAUAUCGAGAUGAAUGAUGCGUAAGGUAUUUAGCUUCUCCAUCUUCCCCACACUGCAAGCCGAUACUGCAACUUCUUCAGUGUAUUAUGCCCUUGAUCAUUAGUUAUUUCCAG